AUAUGAUUUUGUUCAGAGAACUAAUCAACUCUAGUGUAAGAGUAAUAACGAUACACGUAUUGUAAAGAGAUAGAAAGGAAAAUAGGAGAUAAAUAAUUUUGUCAAACUUUUACUAACGAAUAUGUGCAAUUUUUUUUUUGUAUUUACAUUUGAGUAAGUACAUGAGCAUGAGUUGCUAAACUACCAACAACAUUUCUUAAAAAGAUGCUAUACACAAAUCAUUAGUCUGCGUUACAACUUGCUCGUGUAAUGAGGUAAAUUUUCUUUGCAUAAAACAUUUUCAUUAUAAAAAUAUUGUUGUUUUUUGAAAAGACAAAAACAAUCAAAAUGCCAAUAUUAGAUGAGACAAUUGAGAAUGCAUGUUUGCAUAUUCGACGCCAAACAUCAAAUGAUGUUUUUGAACUAUUUAAAGAGGCACAAAUGAAUAGGAAAAAACAGUUUGAAAUAAUACACAAACUAGAAGGUGUAAAAUAUAUUGAACAAUUUAUAACAAAACAGUUCAACAAAAAUUUUCAGUAUGGGAUGGACUUUAAAAAUCAAGGAAACAUAGAAUUCAAGCAAAGCAGAUGGAAUGCAGCACUUGAUUUUUACAAUAAAAGUGUAGUAUACAUGCCCGCAAGAACUCCUGAAUUGGCAAUCGCUCUUGGCAAUAGGUCCGCCGUUUUGUUUAAACUUAAAGAAUACCAAUUGGCUGUAAAUGACAUUGAAACUGCUAUUCCUCUAUCUCAAAAAGAGAAUUUGUUUAAACUCGUACACCGCAAAGCAAAGUGUUAUCUAGAACUUGAAAAAUACAGCGAAGCUUUAACGGAUUUUCAAUUAAGUGAAUUCUUGAUUUGUAAUCAUGAUAAAAUAUCAGACGAGCAACGAAUUACACUUUUGUUUGAAAUAAGAAGCAUUUGCAAAUAUUUAAGACGCAAUUGCAUGAAUUUUGUUAAUGAAUAUCCAACGAAUGCAAAACCUAUCAUAGACAGUAAAAACAAAUUAGAGCUUCAGGUUAAUGACUCUGUUAAAAUUGAAUACAAUAAAAAUGAAGGAAGACAUGCAGUAUGUUGCAAUAAUAUUGAAGCUGGAGACAUACUUCUGAUUGAAAAACCAUAUGCUUAUGUUUUGACAAAGGCACAUAAUUUUACGCAUUGUCAAUAUUGCUUGAAACGUACAUUUGUGCAAUUUUCUUGUGAUCAUUGCCCCGAUAUUGUGUAUUGCUCAGAGUCUUGCAAAGAGAUGGCAACAUUUCAUCAUUAUGAGUGUGGAAUAUUACCCUCCAUUUGGAAAUGUAAAUCGGAUUUAGCUACACAUUUAUCAAUCAGAAUGAUUACAUCAAAAGAUAUUAACACAUUAAUUUACAAUGGACAUAACUUGGAGGGGUUAACAGAGACUGCUAAAGGUUGUGUUGAUAAAAAUUUUGAACAAAUAUACUCUUUAUUAAUGCAUGAAAAAGAGUUUAGCAAAGAGAAAUUAUUCGAAUUUAUGCUAAUGGCGAAGUUCCAACUGCAUUGUCUCAAAACAGGAGGAUAUUUAAAAAAUGAUGAUUAUGAUGAUUAUUUUGUUUUUCUUUUGUAUAAAAAUAUUCUAAUAUUGCAUUUUAAUGCACAUGAAGUAUUCGAGCUACAAAAAGAUAACGACAAUGAUCCAGGAAAAACAAUUUGUAUUGCCGCAGCCAUAUAUCCCUUUCUUGCACAAUUUAAUCACUCAUGUAACCCGGCAACUGUUAGAUAUUUCAAUGGAAACCAAGUUAUAAUACGAGCAACUAGAAAUAUCGCAAUCGGUGAACAAAUCAGUGAAAACUAUGGACCGAUUUUCACACAGGAACCAAAACAUGAAAGGCAAUUACAAUUGAAAGAGAAGUAUAAAUUUGAAUGUAGAUGCGAAGCAUGUUUGAAUAAUUGGCCUCUUCUGAAUGAGAUGCGCGAUUCUCAAAUUUUGAUAAAAUGCAGUGGAUGUGGUGAGACUUUAAAAUCUAACGAAUUUAUAACAACUGUUCGUUGUCCCGUAUGUAGACACGAAACAGCUGUUGUGGAAAUAAUAAAAUUUAUAAAAACCAUAGACGUUAAUUUAAACACAGCGCGUCAGCUAUAUAAAUCAAAUCACACUCUUGAUGCGCUAGAAAUAUAUUUGCGAAUUAUGAAAGGUAUGGAUGAAUACAUAAAGCCUCCCUUCAGUAAGUGGCACAUUUGUCAAAAACGAAUCCGGUCCUUGUAUUUAGAGUAUGGAAAUAAAAUAAAUUUUAAAUUGACUCCUAGUAACACGAAUAAAAACUACUUUAUGUAAUUUUAACUGAA